CCCGUGGUCAAUACAAAGCAAAACUUACUACUUAGUCAACACUAAACAGGAGUCAUUGUUAGUGCUGGGAUGGCUCUGGUCCGACCCGGGAGCGAAUAGUCAUCGGUCCUGAGCUUUUCAGGAAAAACACUCCCUCUACACACGUGUUCCCAUCUGGAGAGAAAACCCAAUCGGAGUUGAGCCCCUGUGUAUUUUUGGAGUGAGCCCUUAGGGAAACCGAUCAACAGCACAUCUGGAGUUGCCAUUCAGUACCGGAGCCGCACACGUCGAGGAGGUGGGCAGAGCGAAUCGGUUACUGGAAGGAGAAAACACCAUGUCGCACCAAGUCAUUGAGAAAUCUACCUCCGAGCAGAAAGCAGAUGCCUCCUGCGCUGGGGGUGUCUACACAGAUACACUUGGUUUUGUUUCCAUGGAUUCCAAUGUUCCAGGACUCUCGAAGGUUAUCCUUCAGAAGUUAAAUAUGCAAAGUUACAAUGACUACAGAGCUGCUUUGGAGGGAAGAAAAUCCGUCUUGGAUUUUGGAAUCCGUUCUUACCAGGAGAUGUUUCAGAAGAUGGAGGAUACCUUCAAAUUCUGUGCAGAGUGCAAGAAGCUUCCGGAAGCUCUGCUGGACCAAAGGGGUCUUCGACGUUGCAAAAGAUGCCAGAAUGUCUACUACUGUGGGAAGGAGUGUCAAAGGAUGAGCUGGCCCCUGCACAAGAAAUUCUGCAAGAAACUAAAAUGGGCAGCAAUAGACAGGCUGCUGGAGUGGCUGGUUUUCACAGGUGACAUCCCUUUCCCCAGCGAAAACUGGACGAGGGCUGUCGGUGAGGUGAAAGGCUGGGAUGAUUGGUUCUUGAUGCAGGAGGACCUCGAUGCCAAGCUGAGUUCCAUUUUGCACUGUAAGCACAUGGACAUACUGUGGGAAAAUGCAGGGAAACCAAGGCCUGGAGAUGAUGAGCUCUUGGAAUCCAUCAAACAGGUGACCACUGACUUUCAGACCAGGCCAGUUACGAUUGGAUUUGCUCUUCACAGCUUUGGCAUUGACCCAUUAGAAAAGCCCCUCACCAUUCACGUCAUCGGGGCCUCUCAUACUGAGACCCUUAACGCCAGGCUGAAAGACUACGAUGAACUUGCUCAUAUGUUUCCGGGCAACGAGGGCAUUGAGGUUGUCAUGAUUGGGCCUGAGGUGGUGGCAGGUCCUACGAUAAGGCCUCCCUUGCAGACCUACGCUGGCAGGAGACGGGUGUACCUGAGUGGCUGGAAAGGGCUGUACCACGUGUACUGGGAGACCAUGGUGGAGUCAGAACGAGCUGCCCGGCCACACUUGGUGAUAGGAUUUCACCCAGGGUUCCAUGCUUCACAAGGCUUGACAGAAGGCUGGUUGCCAACGCUCCUGCUGCUGAGAGACUACAAGAUCCCUGCUGUCUUUACCAUGUAUAGUGACCAGGAGUUGAAAUAUUCUCUGCAGAUCCUCCACGAACUGGAAACCAGGAUCAUCAGCUACGGAACAAAUCCUUUUGCCUCGUUGAAACUAGAGCAGGUGCAGUCCAAUCCCAACAAACCGUUGGUCAGCAGCAACUCCACCUACCUGAUGUUCCACGGAUUCACAGAAUCCAUGGAGGGAACACUCACUGAGGACCUUGGACAAGAGGAUAACCUGUGAGCUCGGAAGGGGUGACAAGUAGUGCAGUGGGCGGAAGGGUUUUCUGUUGCUGUGAGAAACUAACUUGUUUUAUUUGAUGAGCCUCAUUAACCAUCUGCUGUUGUUUAGUUAAUAGACUCGCGCAGCACAGGAAGGGUCCAUUCGGUGUGCGUCCAAUCUCCUUGCUGGAGCAUUCCCCUCUCCACACCCUUCCCUCAAUCCUGCAAAUUUUCCCCAUCAGGUGUUUAUCCAGUUCCAUUCUGAACAUCACCAUUUAAUCUGCUUCCAUCCACAACCCACUCCGGAAGACCUUGGGCUAUGCCAGCUGCCUGGAGGGCCUCUCCUUGAUUACCAGUUCAGCUGCCAUUGGAGACAGUGUCUCAGCCCUUCAUGAUUCUGAAUGCCUCAAAUGCCAUCCUUACAGUCUGAGGUCACUGUUAGAAUGGGGGUUGGCUGGCAGAACGUUCUAUUUGUUAACUAGUAUCAGUUGUGCAUAAAAUUCACUGCUGAAUGAGUUCUCAUCCUGCUAUAACUGAAGUAUCUUUGCUGCAACGGUCUCACCAGACUGUUAGUCCAGCAAGCUAUAUGCUAGACUUGGCUAAAACAAGAUUUUAUGUAGCUGGAGAAUUUACUCUCCUUAAGUGAAGGGGAAUGAAAGCUACCAUCAUAAAUUGAGUUCACAGAAGCAAAAUCCAUUUGGUUUGCAGAUGUCCUUUAGGGAAGGUGAUCUGUUUUUUUUCUCUGAAGUACCUGUGGUUCCAAACUUAACCACAGAAGCUGCUUGAACUGGCCCAAAGUACCAUGCAGUUGCAGUUAGAGGUAGCCAAUAAAUGCUGAGCCUGUUAGCCACAGCCACACCUUGUGAGUGAAUGAAGCAGAUCUUGGGUGAUGUCAUUUCCUGUCCAAUAGCCAAUCCCCAAUCAGAACAGCACCACUUGGCCAGGAGUGGGAGGGAGAUGAACACUGAGGAAAAUCAUCAAUGGACAGAAACCAUGCAGAAGCUGAAAAGGAUGAAUCGUUCUUGAAAGGGAUCAUGUUGACAGAACUUUAUCUUCUCCAAAGGACUUGUCCAAUUUGAUUGGCUCUGAAAUCCUCUUAUAAGUAGCCAGAGAGUGCUUAGAAACUGCAAUGCCACCUCAUGGAAUCAAAGACAAGUGGAAGGUAAGCCAGGUAUAUACCUGAGAAAGAAAGGAAUGGAAGGUUAUACCUAAGGGGUGAGAUGGAGGAGGGUGUGAGGAGGCAUGUGUGGAGCAAAAAAAACAGCAGCUGUUCAUGGGCUGAAUGGUCUGAUUCUGUGCUGUCACAUUGUCAGUGCACACUUUAUGUACUUCAACAGGAUUCAGAACAGGAACUUUGUGGAAAAUGUCAUUUAUGUCACUGUUCCACUAAUAGCAUC